UUCAAAUAAAUAAUUGGUUUGGUUUGGUUAUUGGUGAAUGGCAAGAUGAACGAGUUACUGCAGAAGCAUGGCUGCGCCAACGUGUUCACAACACCAGAAGGUCUCAAGGAACUUAUGGCGGAUAUUGCGAGAGAAGUGCUACGUGAACAACCAAAGAACAUCCACGAAUUCAUUAGCAAUUAUCUAUCCGUGCUUUUAAUCACGCGCGAGCACGGUGUGAUGGCGGUCAAGAUUCUAGAGGACUUGUGCGACUGUCGGCCUUCGGUCUCCGAGCAUUUGUUACAACUCGGUCUGGACCGGUCCGAUGCAGAAACUCUGGCGCAGAUUAUAAAAGACGAAAUUGAAACCGUCGAGAUUAGCGAUGAUAAAGAGAAUGUCAAAGAAUCUGAUAUAUUAAAGAAAAUGUUGUCGACCGUACCUCUGGAUGAAGAAAUGGCAGCAAACGUUUGUCAGAUUGUUAGGAACGCUUACAAAGACUAUGUCUAUAAGAAGAAAUUGAUGGAACACAGCACGUCGAUGCGCGGUAACGAGCCGUGGCAGCUGGCGGCGGAGCGGACCCUCGCGCUCUACAAGAAGACCAAGCCAAGUCUGCACGAACUCCACAGGGCCUCGGAGAGAAUACAGGCCGCGUAUAGAGGUUAUCAUGUACGUAGAAACCUCUUGAAGCACCUAAAACCUAAGAAAAGGAAGAGUGGCCCUCAGGAGUCGACGCUGGGGCCUACACCCGACAUCGGGGGCUCCAGGGAGAUUGACCUCGGACCGCUUAUUAAAAUUAAAGUACGCGAAGACAACGUGUACGCGAUGUUCGAAGACCACGCGACCGCGACUUUAGGCCUCAACUACCAUCCCACGAAAACCCUGACCCACGUGGUGGAUGAGUAUGAUGACGGCCGCGAGGUCCAGACCGGGAAGACCGGCACGUGGUCCAACUGCACAGCUACGAAGACCGAAAUACGCAUGGUCCAAGUUGAUGCUAGAUAUAGAGAUGUGAGUGUGCCGGAAGACGAUUUAGAGGAUAGUCAGCCGCUCUGUAUGGAGCGCGAGGCCAUGGACGUGUUCACGGAACAGCCCAGCGACCGCAGCUACAGCCUCGACCAUCGCGCGCUCGGCACACCCGCCCGCAAGAUAUCGUUCUCCACAAUGCCACCAGAAAUGAUCCCCAAUGAUGACGACGACUUUCCGGAGGUUCAGGAGGCGAUACAGGAGGCGCUAGAUGACAUCACAAAUGAUGUCUUACAAGAAAUACCUGAAGAUAUACCAUAUAGUAAUGAUGACAAAGAUCCUGACUACACUCCGGUCUCCUCGGUCGCGUCACUGACCAGUGCAGAAAUAGACCAAGAUCAUGUCGAUGUUAAAGACAAUACAUUUUAUGUUGCUUAA